AUGGCGACGGCGAAUGAUUCUAAGGCGCCUUUGCGUCAAGUAAAAAGAGUACAGUUUGGAAUACUAUCCCCAGAUGAAAUUCGACGCAUGUCAGUUACUGAGGGAGGGAUUCGAUUCCCGGAGACCAUGGAAGGUGGAAGACCGAAGCUUGGCGGUCUUAUGGAUCCUCGACAAGGGGUAAUUGACAGAAGCUCACGGUGUCAAACGUGUGCUGGGAAUAUGACAGAAUGUCCAGGACACUUUGGGCACAUUGAUUUAGCUAAACCAGUUUUCCAUAUUGGUUUCAUAACAAAAACAAUAAAAAUACUCAGAUGUGUAUGCUUUUAUUGUUCAAAGCUGCUUGUCAGCCCUACAAAUCCAAAGAUAAAAGAAGUUAUAAUGAAAUCCAAGGGCCAACCCCGCAAACGGUUGACCUAUGUUUAUGAUCUGUGCAAAGGAAAAAAUAUAUGUGAAGGUGGUGAAGACAUGGAUAUUGGGAAAGAAGGUGAAGAAGGUAAAAGAGGAUCUGGUCAUGGUGGUUGUGGGCAUUAUCAACCCUCUAUUAGACGACAAGGUCUAGAGCUCACAGCUGAGUGGAAACAUGCUAAUGAAGAUACACAAGAAAAGAAAAUUUUUGUCUCUGCAGAAAGAGUAUGGGAAAUUUUGAAACAUAUAACAGAUGAAGAUUCAUUUAUUUUGGGUAUGGAUCCAAAUUUUGCAAGACCAGAUUGGAUGAUUGUGACGGUUUUGCCUGUCCCUCCAUUGUGUGUUCGUCCAGCUGUUGUUAUGUUUGGCUCUGCCAAAAAUCAAGAUGACUUAACCCACAAGCUAGCUGAUAUAAUAAAAGCUAACAAUGACUUGGAAAAAAAUGAGCAGUCUGGAGCUGCUGCUCAUGUCCUUGCAGAGAAUAUAAGAAUGUUACAAUUUCAUGUUGCUACUUUUGUUGACAAUGACAUGCCUGGUAUGCCAAAAGCUAUGCAGAAAUCUGGGAAGCCCUUAAAGGCUCUCAAAGCCAGAUUGAAAGGAAAAGAAGGAAGAAUUCGAGGAAAUCUAAUGGGGAAACGUGUUGACUUCUCAGCUAGGACAGUAAUCACACCUGAUCCAAAUUUACGUAUAGAUCAAGUUGGGGUUCCCAGAUCAAUUGCUCAAAAUAUGACAUUCCCAGAGUUGGUGACUCCAUUUAAUCUUGAUAGAAUGCAAGAACUUGUCCGAAGAGGAAAUGCACAAUACCCUGGGGCAAAGUACAUUGUAAGAGAAAACGGAGAAAGAAUUGAUUUAAGAUUCCAUCCUAAAUCUUCAGAUUUACAUUUACUCUAUGGUUACAAAGUAGAAAGACAUCUAAGAGAUGAUGACCUUGUUAUAUUUAAUCGUCAACCAACUCUUCACAAAAUGAGUAUGAUGGGUCACAGAGUUAAGGUACUUCCUUGGUCAACGUUUCGUAUGAAUUUGAGUUGCACAUCACCUUACAAUGCUGAUUUUGAUGGAGAUGAAAUGAAUUUGCAUGUUCCUCAAUCAAUGGAAACAAGGGCUGAAGUUGAAAAUAUUCAUAUAACACCUAGACAAAUUAUAACUCCACAGGCUAAUAAACCUGUAAUGGGUAUUGUGCAGGACACAUUGACUGCCGUUAGAAAAAUGACUAAGAGAGAUGUUUUUUUAACAAAAGAACAAGUAAUGAAUCUUCUUAUGUUUUUACCUACAUGGGAUGGUAAAAUUCCUCAACCUUGCAUUUUGAAACCACAGCCUUUAUGGACAGGUAAACAAAUAUUCACUUUAAUAAUACCUGGUCCCGUUAAUAUGAUUCGAACUCACUCUACUCAUCCUGAUGAAGAAGAUGAUGGCCCUUACAAGUGGAUUUCUCCAGGAGAUACCAAAGUUGUUGUAGAACAUGGAGAACUACUAAUGGGUAUUUUGUGUAAAAAGUCGCUUGGUGCAUCUGCUGGCUCUCUGUUGCAUAUUUGCAUGUUGGAAUUAGGCCAUGAAACUGCUGGACGAUUCUACGGUAACAUUCAGACUGUCAUUAAUAACUGGCUUCUGUUGGAAGGUCACUCAAUUGGUAUUGGUGACACUAUUGCUGAUCCACAGACAUAUCAGGAAAUUCAGCGUGCAAUCGUAAAAGCUAAAGAUGACGUAAUAGAAGUCAUUCAGAAAGCCCACAAUAUGGAAUUGGAACCCACACCUGGUAAUACACUAAGGCAGACCUUUGAAAAUCAAGUGAACCGUAUCCUCAAUGAUGCUCGUGAUAAAACAGGUGGAUCUGCUAAGAAAUCAUUAACAGAAUACAAUAAUCUCAAAGCUAUGGUAGUUGCUGGCUCGAAAGGUUCAAACAUUAAUAUUUCACAAGUCAUUGCUUGUGUAGGCCAACAGAAUGUUGAAGGAAAACGAAUCCCAUUUGGAUUUAGAAAACGCACCUUACCCCACUUUAUUAAAGAUGAUUAUGGUCCUGAAUCCAGAGGUUUUGUUGAAAACUCUUAUCUAGCUGGUCUGACUCCUUCAGAAUUCUAUUUUCACGCCAUGGGUGGACGUGAAGGUUUAAUUGAUACUGCUGUAAAAACUGCUGAAACUGGAUACAUUCAACGGCGUCUCAUUAAAGCCAUGGAGUCUGUAAUGGUCCACUAUGAUGGUACAGUUAGAAACUCUGUUGGACAACUUAUUCAAUUGAGGUAUGGUGAGGACGGUCUCGCAGGAGAGACAGUAGAAUUCCAGAACCUGCCGACUGUUAAAUUGUCAAAUAAAGCAUUUGAAAAGAAAUUCAAAUUUGACUCUUCCAAUGAGAGAUAUCUGAAGAGAAUUUUCAGUGAAGACAUAGUCAGAGAGCUAACAGAAUCUGGAAGUGUCAUAGCUGACCUUGAAAGUGAGUGGGAACAACUUUCUAAAGACAGAGAAACAUUACGUCAGAUUUUCCCAACGGGAGAAUCUAAGGUUGUAUUGCCAUGUAAUUUCAAGAGAAUGAUUUGGAAUGCUCAGAAAACAUUCCACAUAAACAAGAGAAUACCAACAGACUUAAGCCCUAUCAAAGUUAUAAAAGGUGUAUCAGACCUUCUAAAGAAGUGUGUCAUUGUAGCUGGUGAUGAUCGUUUGUCUAAGCAAGCCAAUGAGAAUGCUACAUUACUUUUCCAAUGCUUAGUGAGAUCAACACUUUGUACAAAAUUUGUAUCUGAAGAACAUAGAUUAUCUAGUGUAGCAUUUGAAUGGCUUAUCGGGGAAAUAGAGGCAAGAUUCCAGCAAGCACAAGUAAAUCCAGGUGAAAUGGUAGGCGCUUUAGCUGCUCAAUCACUUGGUGAGCCAGCUACUCAGAUGACAUUGAAUACCUUCCAUUUUGCUGGUGUAUCAUCCAAAAAUGUAACACUUGGUGUGCCUCGUCUGAAGGAAAUCAUCAACAUUUCUAAGAAACCAAAGGCUCCUUCUCUAACUGUAUUUUUGACCGGUGGAGCAGCCAGAGAUGCCGAAAAAGCCAAAAACGUUCUCUGUAGAUUAGAACAUACAACUUUACGUAAAGUUACUGCUAACACGGCUAUUUAUUAUGACCCUGAUCCUCAGAAUACUGUUAUUGCAGAGGACCAAGAAUUUGUCAAUGUUUACUACGAAAUGCCUGACUUUGAUCCUGCGAAAAUUUCGCCUUGGUUAUUGCGUAUUGAACUGGACCGUAAGAGAAUGACCGACAAGAAAUUAACAAUGGAACAGAUUGCUGAGAAAAUUAAUGCUGGUUUUGGUGAUGAUCUCAAUUGUAUCUUCAAUGAUGACAAUGCUGAAAAGUUAGUUUUGCGAAUUAGAAUCAUGAAUAAUGAAGAAAGUAAAUUCCAAGAUCAUGAUGAAGAGACAGUAGACAAAAUGGAAGAUGACAUGUUCUUAAGAUGUAUUGAAGCAAACAUGCUGUCUGAUAUGACUUUGCAAGGCAUUGAGGCUAUUGCAAAAGUGUAUAUGCAUUUACCACAGACAGAAGCUAAGAAACGUAUAACUAUAACUGAACAGGGAGAGUUCAAAGCUAUAGCAGAAUGGUUAUUGGAAACAGACGGCACAUCUCUUAUGAAAGUGCUCUCAGAGCGUGAUGUGGAUCCAAUCAGAACUUUUAGUAACGACAUUUGUGAGAUAUUCCAAGUGCUUGGAAUUGAAGCUGUACGAAAAUCCGUCGAAAAAGAAAUGAAUGCGGUUUUGCAGUUCUACGGUCUAUACGUGAAUUAUCGACACUUGGCAUUGCUUUGUGACGUCAUGACAGCAAAAGGUUAUCUUAUGGCCAUCACACGUCACGGCAUUAACCGACAGGACACUGGUGCUCUUAUGAGAUGUUCAUUUGAGGAAACCGUCGAUGUUUUAUUGGACGCUGCCAGUCAUGCUGAAGUGGAUCCUAUGAGAGGAGUAUCAGAAAAUAUUAUAAUGGGACAGUUGCCGAGAAUGGGUACUGGUUGCUUCGAUUUAUUACUUGAUGGCGAGAAGUGCAAGGAAGCAAUGGGCGGUCUUGGAGGCGCAGAAGUGGGAAUGUAUUUCGGUGUCGGAACGCCAUCUAUGUCACCACUUAUGACUCCCUGGUCUACACAGAAUACACCAGGAUAUGGAAGCAGCGUGUGGUCUCCAUGUCAAGUUGGCAGCAGUAUGACUCCUGGAGGACCAUCAUUCUCGCCAUCUAACGCAUCUGACGCAUCAGGACUCUCACCGGCAUACAGUAAUGCUUGGUCACCACAACCUGGUUCACCAGGAUCUCCCGGACCUCCGCUUUCACCUUACUCGUCGCCCGCAGGAGCGUCACCAUCUUACUCCCCAUCGAAUCCUGUUUACGCUCCCGCGUCCCCGAGUAUUACUCCAACAUCACCACAUUAUUCACCUGCCAGUCCUUCUUACUCUCCAACUUCACCCAAUUAUUCCCCGACUUCACCAAUAUACUCGCCAACAUCACCCAGCUACUCGCCAACAUCGCCUGGUUAUUCGCCCACAUCCCCAUUAUACUCCCCAGCUUCUCCUAGAUACUCUCCGUCAUCUCCCAACUAUUCACCAGCAAGUCCGGCUUAUUCAACAACUUCUAAUUUCCCGACAACUUCACCUAACUAUUCUCCAUCAAGUCCUUCGUAUUCUCCCACGAGUCUAUCGUAUUCUCCAACGAGCCCAGGUUAUUCCACAUCCCCUGGCUAUUCGCCCUCGUCACCUAGAUAUUCACCAAAUAGUCCUGUCUACAGUCCUACUUCAUCAAAUUAUUCGCCUUCGUCUCCAAAUUACACUUCUGGAUCUGUUUAUUCACCUACGAGUCCUACAUAUUCACCUACUUCUCGCUCAUAUUCUCCAUCAUCACCGAGCUAUUCGCAGUCUUCUCCAAAUUAUUCACCCUCGUCACCGAAUUAUUCUCCUACUUCGCCCUCUGUGGCUGGAGGUAGUCCUACAUAUUCACCAACAAGUCAGCAAUAUUCUCCAACCAGUCCACAGUAUUCUCCGACUAGUCCAGGCUAUUCUUCUACAUCACAACAUCCUAGUAGCACUAGGUAUUCGCCGUCUUCGCCUUCCUCGCCUAAUUAUUCUCCAUCAUCUCACAAUUAUUCACCUUCAUCUCCCCGGUAUUCGCCAGGAUCAUCAAAAUAUUCCCCGACAUCGCCUACUUUUACUCCUACUUCUCCCAAUUAUUCUCCGAGCUCUCCUGCGUAUUCUUCCACUGGUGGACCAUCUACCUAUUCUCCAACUUCACCAACAUAUUCAUCUACUUCACCCAAUUAUGAUGAUGGUGACGACUGAAUUGAAAAUGUUUUUUUUUACUAUAAUGUACUAUAAUUUCUACUAUACCUCCAUAAUAUACUAAAUUUAAAGUUUUAUUGUGGUGAUAAUAUUAUGUCUUAUAAUUUUUUUUUAUGACUAUGUGUAGAAAAAUAUUUCUCAUACGCUCAACAGCAUUGGAAUAGUGUGAGAUAAUAGAAGAUACAUGAAAUAAAAAUGUAUCUGUUACUAAUUUUCACUUUGUAUAGAAUAGUUAUAAGUUAUUUAGCUUAAGAAAUACAAAAUAUAAAUGGUAUAUUUAAGAUAGUGCUGUAUUUUCUUUAAACUAGAUAAAAAUGAAAAUAUUCCAUUGUUUAAAUAAUCUUUUACGGGUUUUCAUUGUUUCAAAUGUAAUUCCAAUGUGAUUGCUUUGAUCAAGACUGGUAGAUAAAUAGUUAUCUGCGGAAGAAAAUCGUAAAAGUUCAAAACAAUUUUGAAAUCUGUGGUUAAUUUACUGUUUCAAUUGAUUAAAAUUAAGUAAGGAGGAUUGAAAUGGAUAUUCAAUAAAAUGUGCGUGUACCUUAGUAUUAAGAACAAAAACAAAAAUAUAAAAAAAAGGAUUGUGUGGUUUAUGAAACCACAGUAAAAGUGAAACUUUUUUUCACAUUAUAGACAUUUAACUC